AACUGGAGGAUCCAUAUCAUCGCGCUGGUUGUGUCGUGCUCUGUUGUCGCAAUGGGCUACGACACGGCCGUCAUUGGCGGCACCAUGGCCCUGGAAUCAUUCAUCCGCGACUUUAGUCUGGACAAUAUCAGUACGAGCGCCCGUAAGAAAGCCAUCAUGCUCCCUGGAUAUGCGCAAAUAUAUGGGCCGAAGUUCACCGGCUGGGAUUUGGAAAGACGAGCAGAAUUCAGGCAAAGCCCUCAUUGUCAUUCUUUCGUCUUCUGGCAAGACACAUGGACUUAAAAUAUUGGCUGCGGGGAGAAUAAUGAAACCGUUGCUUA